UGGGUGUCACGUGAUAAUAACAAAACACUUCAAGUAACAAAUGAAGAGGGAAAUGCUGUGCGCUCCGGCAUGAGGAGUGCUGGGCACCUAAGGAAGAUGUAGUUGUUGUGUGAAUUGUGUUUAUUGUACUCGUCUCUAGGACAGUUGACCCAUGCGCAGAAUGUAUCACAUACUGAAACUACGUAAAUUUUAUACGAGCAAUACAGGAUCGCUGUCAUCGUCAUUAAGUAAACAUUUCUCCAAAAGAAAGUGCCCGAUUUGUGAACAUCCAUUUGUACCGCAGCAGAAAGAUUAUCGACAUCUUGUGCAACUGGUACCACAAGUUCGUUUGCAUUCCACACAUACUAACACUGCAGAAAUAUCAAAGUCAGCAACAAAAAAGAAAAAGAGGAGAGCAAAAAAGAAAUAUGUGGAAUUGCUGGAAGUUACCGAGAAUUCUUCUACUCAGCGGAAAGCAUCAAUAAGUAAACUGAAGGCUAAGGACUUGUCUCUCUUAGUUGAAAAUCCUAACAUUGAUUUAUCACAAUUGCACAGUUUGAGAAAGCAAAAUACGCAGUUUUCACAAGGCAGGACUGAAAAGAAUCGGCUCGUUACUACAGAGGUGUCCUAUUCUGCUGUGGAUCCUAUAACUGACCAAGAAACUGGUGCCAACAUAUACUCACUCUCUGAAUUAGACCCACUGUGUGGUAUAGAUGUAGAACCUAGUGCAGGAGCAUGCCACUCACAAGUAUUAGAAGACUUAAAUGUUUUAGUUAAUAAAGAAAACACAUUACUUGAUGAAAAUGAGUUGUUUCAAAGGUUAGAAGCAGCAUCUGAUGUGCAACUUCAUGAUAAAUACAGUGAAGAUGGUGGUUCUGAAUUUCAUGAUCUCAGUUUAAGCUCAAAUAAUGUGCAGGAGGAUGAAAGUCCUGUUGUGGGAAAUGGAAACUUAAGUAUACCAUUCACUUCACCAGACCAAAGGGAGAAAUACAGUGAUAGACGAUUUCUUAAGUCAAAUCUUAAACAUUCUAUGAAAGAAAAAUUGGCCAAGGUGAAACUGUCUGAACUGGAAAUAGCGGGAAGAGAGGAAAGCUUCUUUCAAAACAUGCAUUGUUACCUUGAGACUUGCAUACGAUGCAAUAUGUUGAACAGAGGAAUGGCAGCAUUAUCAUCCUACAGAUUAAGAAACAAGCAAAAUAAAAGACCAACACAUCCCAAUGUUGUUGCCUUGUACAAUAUAAUACUGCAAGGAUUUUCAAAGAAGGGCAAUCUAAAAAAAGUGAAGGAAAUCAUGCACAUGUUGCAAGAAGAUCAGGUGGCGCCAAAUGUUCACUCAUUUGCUGCUUGUCUUGAGUGUGCUGGUCGCUUGCCUGAGAAUGACGGAACAAAAAUUCAACUAGUGCAUUUCCUGGAUGAAAUGAAGGAAGCUAAUGUUACACUGAAUGAUGUCUUUGCAAAAUGCAGUUUUGUGGGAGAUCAGCAGGAAGUUACUUUAGCAGCCGUGCGAAGAAUAUUACCAGAUUUUGAACCUUGCUUACCUCCUCCUGAGACUUGCUACUCUUGUAGUUUAUUGAAGGAACUUAAUGAAAAUAAAGAAGGCAAUUAUAAAUCACCUGCUGAGGGGCUGUUAACAAAUGAGCAAAUCAGUGACUUGAUGAGACAGCAAUUUCAGAUUGAACUAGAUGGCCAUGUGAAGGUGAAGACUAUUGAGAAGAGAACAGAACCAAAUGCCACAAUCCAGCACUAUAGAGAGAAGUUAGAAGAAGCACAAAAAUCUUGGAGAAAAUCAAUCCAUGAAGCAUUUGAACGAGAUGUUGAGGUCCUGCGUGUCAGACACAGUGCAUUUAAAGCCUACAGAACCCCAAAUCUGUACCCAUUCUUGAAAAUUCUGGAUCCUGAUGAGUACACUGAAAUUAUUAUGCAGGAAAUUCGGAAGCUUGCUGAAGGAUCUGAGACCUUCAGUCCUACACUGAGUGUUUUGCAUAAAGGUAUUGCGCAGCAAGUGCGAGCAAGAUGUAUUAUCAAGUUUCGAGAAAAAAUGGGAAUUAUGAACAAAAUGGAGCAUUUGUACAGUGAAUAUUUUAAGUGGUACAUGAACCCUGUUGGAAACCCAAUGAAGAACACCAGAGAAAAAUGGCAGUAUUUGCUGUAUGAAAAUAUGGAGGGUCCAAGUGUUUGUGCUGCAGAGAAAGCUUGGCCAAACAAUGUAUUAAAUAAUUUGGGGAAAUUCUUGUACAAUAUUAUCCUCAAAGAUAUAAAAAUUGAUGUGAAUGUUACAAAGACUAACAGCAAAACACGGCAUCUCCUGCCAGCAUUUUAUUCACUUUUUCGUUAUCAUGGCCGUAUUCUGAAGGAAGAAGUGAAACCACAUCCAGUUUUGUCACGUCUGUUUCGUGGUGCUGCACAAGCCGAUCUGGUGUUCGAUGUAACAACUAUACCAAUGCUGUGUCCACCAGUACCGUGGACAUCAGUGUCUUCUGGUGGCUACUUGGUAGCCAAAGCCAAUGUUAUACGGUUAGCUCAAGAGACAUGUCAACAAUGGCAGAGGCUUGAAGAAUCACCACCCCAGCAGUUGUUUCCAGCAUUGGAUUCUCUUAGUCAGUUGGGUUCCAUACCAUGGACAGUUAACAAAUCGAUUCUGGAUGUAGUGAUCAACGUUUUCAACAAUGGUGGCUCAAAGAAGCUUGAUAUACCACUACCUCCUUCAGCUUGCCCUACACCAGAUGCUGUAACACCAGAGAUGACAAAAGUUGAGAGGUAUGAAGUGUACCGGAAACGUAUGUUACUGCGCCGACAGAAAGCAGAAAUGUACAGCCUGUGGUGUGAUGCCUUGUACAGACUGUCUCUUGCAAAUCAUUUUCGUGAUAAAAUCUUCUGGUUACCACAUAAUAUGGAUUUCCGUGGAAGAGUGUACCCAUGUCCUCCACAUUUAAAUCACUUGGGAUCGGAUAUGGCUAGAUCGCUGCUACAGUUUGCCAAUGGACAACCACUGGGACCACAUGGAUUAAAGUGGCUGAAAAUCCAUUUAGUGAACUUGACAGCACUCAAGAAAAAAAAUUCGCUUGAUGAACGUCUUCAGUUUGCAAAUGAAAUUAUGCCUGAAGUUCUGGAUUCAGCUGAUUAUCCUCUAACUGGUCGCAUGUGGUGGGCUGAGUCAGAAGAACCAUGGCAAACAUUGGCUUGUUGUAUGGAAAUAGCAAAAGCUGUCCGCUCUCCUGAUCCAGAGAAAUACAUCUGCCACUUUCCUGUGCACCAAGAUGGUUCCUGCAAUGGGCUACAACAUUAUGCUGCACUUGGUCGAGACACUGCUGGGGCUGAAAGUGUAAAUCUCAGUCCUGCACAGCGACCACAGGAUGUUUAUGAAUGUGUAGCUCAACUGGUGGAAAGGGAAAGAGCAAAAGAUGCACAGAAUAAUGUUAAAAUUGCCCAGGUGUUGGAAGGAUUUGUGCAAAGAAAAGUGAUCAAACAGACUGUUAUGACAACAGUUUAUGGAGUCACCAGAUUUGGUGCAAGGUUGCAGAUAGCACGCCAGCUGAAAGAUCUGGAAGGCUUCCCAAAGGAGUUUGUGUGGCCAGCAUCAACUUACCUCGUAACUAAAACAUUUGAUAGUUUGCGAGAGAUGUUUACAUCCACGAAGGAGAUACAGGACUGGUUUACGGAAUGUGCACGGUUGAUAUCUCAAAUAUGUGGUCAGAAUGUAGAAUGGAUUACACCUUUGGGCCUUCCAGUAGUGCAACCUUAUUUUCGACCACCAAAGAAUUUGAAGUUCAAAGAAUCAAAAGUUGAAGAUCACUUUCAUGUGGAUAUGUUUGAACGCCCAAAUGUGAUGAAACAGAAAAAUGCUUUCCCACCAAAUUUUAUUCAUUCUCUGGACUCUAGCCAUAUGAUGCUGACAUCAUUGUUUUGUGAACGAAAUAAUGUAACAUUUGUAUCAGUUCAUGAUUGUUACUGGACACAUCCUUCAACUGUCAAUGUUAUGAAUAAGAUUUGCAGGGAUCAGUUUGUUGCACUGCACUCUCAGCCAAUUCUUGAAUCUUUAUCAAGAUAUUUGGUGGAAAAAUAUAGUUAUCCUACCAGGGAUAUUAAGGAUGAUGGAUCUCUGACAAGUGCUGCUAAGUUACGACUCAACAAAAUACUGCAAAAAGUGCCUCAGAAAGGUGAUUUCAAUUUACAGGAAGUUCUUGAGUCUAUAUAUUUCUUCAGUUGAUCAAGAAAUUAUGGUAGCCUAUGUUUCUUCAUUGAACUGUACUGAAUUUACAGUAAGCACUUUAAUAAUUUCCUCUGUUGUAUCACUUCAGUGUAAUCAUGGAUUGAGUCAUAUGAUGCCUAGUUAAAAAGAGGCUGUAAAUAAUCAUCCAUCACUUUAUUUGUAUAGCACCAUUUUUGUGUGAGUAUAUAAAUAAUUGAACCAUGUAUUUAUAAAAAUAAACACUUUUUUAUGUAUUGUGUUGUCAGACAGUAA